AUGGUAUCAGCUCUUAGUGUGGUAUUUUUAAUUAUUGAUAUACCAGGAACAAUUUUUUAUAUUCUUGUAUUGAUAUUUUUAAUUACACGACUAUUACUUAAAGAUGAUGAUUUUUCACCUAAAUUUUAUUGUUUUUUAAUUGUUAAUGCCAUUAUGGAAUUAUGCUUUAUUAUGGUUGAAUAUUUUAUUGUACGACUGCCACUUUUUAAUAUUUUUAAGAGUCAAUAUAUGAAUUUUAAAUCAUUACCUGGACUUAUUUAUGGUUUAUCAUGUUAUUUACCAUGUGUUAUUGGAAGUGGUCAAUUAAAUUUAACUAUAAAUCGUUUAUUAAUGAUAAAAUUUCCUUUUAUUUAUAAAUAUAUUAUGAGUAUAUGGGGAAUAUUAGCAUUAAUUUUUAUCCAAUUUGCCAUACCAUUUGUUCAAUUAGUCAGAACAUUACAUGUUCCAAUGAUUAUUCGUGUACUUGAUGAUAAUUAUACUAUAACUGUUGAAUUAGAUGAUUUUGAUCUUGUUUAUAGUGUAGUAAGUUUUGGCGUUGUUUAUUUAAUAGUAACAAGUAUAUUAUGCUGUUUAAUUGGUUCAUAUACCUUAUUUUUAUUAUGGAGAAUGAAUAAACAAUCAUUAGAAAGUACAUCAAAAUCAGAACGAUCAUUAUUAGCAUUAGUUGUAUUACAGACACUUACGCAAUUAUUUUUGGCAAUUGUUGGAACUACACAAUUUGUUGCAGGUUAUUCUGGUAAUGAGGCUGUAUAUGCAGUGUCAUUAUACAUGUAUCCAGUUGCAGAAGAUUUACUAUGUCUUUCAUGUCCAGUGAUGCUUUGUUGUGUUAGUGGAUUAGUAAGAAAAAAACUUUUUAAAUUUUAUUUUUGUGAAAAAGUAGAACAAAAAUUUUCUUCAAUCUCAAAAGUAUCAACAAUAAAAUUUGCUGUUCAACGACAAACAAAAAUGCAGUAA